AUGGAGGUGGCAGCGCCCCUGAGGCAGGUGCUGCCCGCAGGAAUCCCAGAGCAGGAAGAUCUAGAACUAAAGGAAACCCCCGAAGGAUUGCCCCCUUCUACCCUUAGGAUCAUACAGAGUAGGGAAUCCAUGACCCAUCAACAGAGCGCGUUAAUGACGGGCUCUAGACUCGGCUUUCCGAGAGAGCCUUUGACAGAGUUUGUUACAUUUUUUAAAAAUCGUCACCUCGUAACCGGAGAUAUCCUCAUAUCCCUCUUGGUGAAUAUGCCACACAAUCGUCUGUGGGUAAAGCAGGAACUGAGAUUGUUGGGGACUGUACAAUUAAUGACCAGCUUGAUAGUGCAGAGCCUGGGAUACUUUUGGACAUACCUGUAUUUUUCUCAAAAUAUUGCAUUUGUAAUGGACAGUGAAUAUAUUCCUAUUGUUGGAACUUCAGGAUACUCACUUUGGGCCUCAUUGCUUUUUAGCCUAUCAGGAAGUUUUUCAAUAGCAUUGCAGAGGAGGCCUUCAAAUCACAUGCUGAUCUGGACUAUGACAAUGAACAUCUUAAGCAUCUUCGCAACACUAAUAGGUGUGUUUUUAAUAACAUUUGAACUGAUGAAGACUUCAAGUAUACAGUCUUCUUUGUGGCAAUACAGAAGUGGUAGGAUGCUUACAGGAUAUCUCUUCCUGUUCACUGUCUUGGAGAUGUUUAUGGCAUGCAUAGUAACUGAGUGGACCUACAGAGCAAGACAAACAGAAUAUUAA